GCCUCCUUUCAGUGACCAGCCAGGCUUGAGCUACUUUAAAGUGCAUCAUGCUGCUCUGAGAAACUAGCUAGAAACUAUUCGAGCAGUGUUUACUGUGGUGGAGCUGUCUUCAAAGCAAAGUGAAGGCAAGAUGGCAGGAGGGAAUUCCCCCCUUCCACCCUCGUUGAUGUGUUUGAUUUCUUUUCCUCAGGGUAAAGUGACUGUUGGUCCUUCCAGCCCAGUUGUUGCAGCUUCAAUGCCACCCCAACCCCAGGCCAGAGGCACACCCAUCAUCGAGGGGGAAAUCUUCAAGCUACCAGGCAGGCUGAGAAUCCAGCCCUCACUGUGGAGCAAGGAGGAUGUAAUCCAUUGGUUGAGAUGGGCCGAGAAAGAAUAUUCCCUUCGGCAAACGGAUGAAAGCAAGUUUGAAAUGAACGGGAAAGCCUUGUGCAUUCUCACCAAGGAUGACUUCAGAUACAGAGCUCCUAACUCAGGUGAUGUCUUAUAUGAAUUACUCCAGUAUAUCAAAACUCAAAGAAGAGCUCUGGUGUGCAGCCCUUUACUGAACUCACCAUUCAGGGAAGUCAAGAGCGCGGUGGAAGGGGUGGACUGCAGCACAGAGGCUGUCCCAGCCGCUGUUUCUUCCCCGCUGCCCAGCUGCUCGGGCCGUGCCAAACCUCUGUCCCCUGGCUGGACCUGCAGCCACGAGGAGCCACUGAACCUCUCUUAUCCCAGCUCAGAAGGCAGCUGCAGGGCAGAUGCCCUCUGCUCUUUUCCUAAACCCCCGUCAGCCCCAGCGGAUGGGAAGAUUGCAGACUGCAGGUUACUGUGGGAUUACGUGUACCAGCUCCUCUCUGACAGCCGCUAUGAGCCUUACAUCAAGUGGGAAGACAAGGAAGCCAAGGUCUUCCGGGUCGUUAAUCCUAAUGGACUUGCCCAGCUCUGGGGGAACCACAAGAACCGGAUAAACAUGACAUAUGAAAAGAUGUCACGAGCGCUCAGACAUUACUACAAACUCAACAUCAUCAAAAAAGAGCCAGGGCAGAAGCUGUUGUUUAGAUUUCUGAAGACUCCUGGGGAGAUCAUCCAUGAGAAACCCAGCAAACUGGAGCAGCUGGAGAACGAGGAACAUGAGGAUUUCAAGGAAGGCACACUGGAGGUCUCACCGUAGGACAUCUCUGAGGGUGGCAUUUGCAAUGUACUGCAGACAGAUUUGUACUGCACUGUGAAGUGCCGGGCUCUCCUGCUCUCCCAGCAGA